CAAAUGUUUGUAGUUUUGUAUAUUCAGCAUUGUGCUUUGUAGGUACUAGGUAACAAUAAGAGUUGCGUAUGUAAUUAAUUUCAUUGAAAUUACAUCACAAACAGUUUAUUUAAGUAAGAACGUAAUACACACUUGUUUAACAAUCACGAUACAAUGACAAAUAUGAGAUGCCUAUUGUUAUAAAUAGUCAUGAUGACUGAAUGUAAAGUCCCUGUAUUUGUUAGUCCCCAAUCAUUAACUUUCAGUUUGGAGGACAAGUCAUCCCACAGGCAAAUAAUUACACUAUUUAAUCCAUACGACUUUCCUGUCAGAUUCAAAGUUUUUUGUACGUGCACUAAAAAAUAUACUGUAGUUGAACCAGAAGGUUCAAUAAGUGCUAGUUCUCGAGUGGAUAUAGUUGUCAGGCACAAUGCUCCAGCACCAGCAUUUUGCGAUAUCAGAGAUAAAUUCCGAAUACAAAUGCAAUAUUAUACAACCAAAAAAGUUAUUGGACACAAGGAUGUUGAAACAAUAUUAGUAAGGUCUUCCGAUAACUUUGAGCUACCAGCUGAAAAUUUUAAGCAAUUACUCAGAAGUGAUAUAUCUAAUGAUAACUAUGAUAAUGAAUCAGAAAUAAGACAACAUUUCAAUACAAAUACUACAGGGCCAAAUUUUACAACUUUAUUAAUGGCUGGUGUAUGUAUUUGUGGAUUACUUUUACCAUCAUCUGAAGAUUCAGACAUUUUGAAUUUUCGUAUUUCUUUCCAUUUAAAAUUAGCAUUGGCCUUUGUUUUGGGUAUGACGACAAUAACAAUAUUACAACAUCAAUAAUGCACAGGGAUAUUGUUACUUAAGAAUGUGCUUGAUAACAAUUAUUUGAAACUUUUGUGCCCAAUAUGUAUGUUUCCAUCAUUAGUUAUUAGAUAUUAAUUUAUUUUGAAAUAUUAACCUAAGCUAUUUGAUAGAUUAUUCUAAUAUGUUUUUGCUAUUUGAACUUCUUGAAAUAAUUUAUUAUUGAUUAUACUAUUAUAGUUUCAAGAUCUAUAUCAUGUUUCAAAAAUUAUUAUUUAUUAUCAACCUUUUAAUGCCAUACAAUUUGCACUAAUUGAUACAUAACUAUAUUAAGACUAUUAUACA